UUUAUAGAAAGAUAUCUUUUUAGAAAAUGGUUCACUACAAGCUUACUUACUUCCCAGUACGUGGAGUAGCUGAAACGGCUAGACAGAUUUUCGCCUAUGCUGGACAAGACUUUGAGGACCAUCGAGUUAGCCACGAGGAGUUUGCACCAAUAAAACCCAAGACACCAUUUGGACAGCUUCCGGUGCUCGACGUCGACGGCACACAAAUAGCUCAAUCGCUGGCGAUUUGUCGCUACCUGGCUAGAAAAUUCGGACUAGCUGGCAAAUCUCCAGAAGAUGAAGCCAUAGUUGAUUCGUUAGCCGACCAAUACACUGACUAUCGCGCUGAAAUCAAACCCUGGUUCUAUCCUGCUAUGGGAAUCAAGGAAGGUAACGUGGAACAACUUAAGAAAGACGUCCUUAUGCCGGCACGCCAAAAGUAUUUGGAUAUCAUCACCAAAUUUCUGAAACAGAACAAGUCUGGUUUCCUGGUUGGAGAUUCAGUAACAUGGGUAGAUCUGCUUGUAGCUGAACAUAGUUCCCUGAUGGUUCACUUUGUUCCAGAUUUUCUUGAAGGAUAUCCUGAGGUGAAAGCUCACAUGGAGAAAGUCCAUGCUAUUCCGAAUAUCAAGAAAUGGAUCGAAACACGACCAAAAUCAGAUUUUUAAAUUGAUUACAUCAAACUUGACCUGAUAACCAUAUCGUUCUACCUACCCGGUGAUUUGUUGUUAUGUUAAUAAAACCAUUCUGG